AUGGACAUCCGAUUCGGCGGCCGCGGACGCAGCAAUUCCCGCACAUCCAGAUAUGAUGUGCUUGGUACCGACAGCAAUCACGGCGAUAACACCAUCAACGAUGAAAAUGACGCUUACGAUGCUGGCAAUUCAGUCAUGGAAGCGCCUUUUUCUCCGACAAUCACGAAAGGGGACCCUGUGCACAGUCUGAGCAAUGUCAAGACUCCCGUUCGGUCGUUUUACCAUAGAGCUUUUCAUGGGUCUUUAGAUCCUGCGCAAUAUUCUUCUCAUGGCGUUCGUGAGCAGACCGCAGAGCUUGCUUCGCUCGCCAUCUCCGAUGCAGACACUAAUCUGUCUGCUGCUUCUGCGCCUCCUUUAAACGAUUCUAUUCCCCCAGGUCUGGAUAUCUUCCGAAAGCAAGACGCAGGAAGACACAGGGCUAGUAGUCAUGGUGCUGCUGACGGCAUCUUACCACCAACUGCAAACGACUUUGAUAUAUCUGCUCGAUUUGAGGCGUCGUCAAUGUCUUCUCCACCGCCGCUGUCGACUUCCAAUCUGACGGCAAUUUUGCGCAGCUCUCCACCUAACGCGAUCGAAAACCGGCCAGAGACCAGUUCAUCUGGGAACGACACCGACUCGAGAGGCGCCGACUCCUCGAGCCAUGUAGACGGGGCCGAGGAGGAGAACCAGCCGGAUGAAGGAACAGCGCUCAUCCGCAAGAGGACGCUAUCGAAGAGCUACAAUUACGGGACUACAGCAGGAGACAUGGAGAGUCAACCUAUAUAUAUUUACGAUGGCCGGAAAUCAUUCUUGCACGAUGUAUACUCUAGGACCAAGAAGGUUUUCUACAUCACUACGCACCCAAAGUCCUGGGACCGCCACAUCAUAUGGGAAGAAGGCGUCGUCCGUCCUAUCAGUCUCCUUCCUGCUGUGUUUUUGGGACUGCUUCUCAAUAUACUUGACGCCUUAUCCUACGGCAUGAUUCUGUUCCCUCUCGGUGAAGCCAUAUUUUCCGACUUGGGCUCCGACGGUAUAUCCAUCUUCUAUAUCAGUACGAUUAUCUCGCAGUUGAUUUUCUCGUCCGGAGCGUCCGUGUUUAAAGGCGGAAUUGGUAGUGAGAUGAUUGAAGUUGUUCCCUUUUUCCAUAAGAUGGCCUUUAUGAUUCUCAAUCGAGUCGGUGAAGAUAAUCCUCGAGCCGUUCUUGCGACGACGAUUCUGUCUUUCUCGCUCAGCUCGAUAUUGACAGGAGUCGUUUUCUUUCUCAUGGGCGUGUUCAAGCUGGGCUCGCUGAUAGGGUUCUUCCCUCGCCAUAUUUUGAUCGGCUGCAUCGGCGGAGUCGGAUGGUUUCUGGUAGCUACCGGAGUCGAAGUCUCUGCGCGAUUGUCGGGGUCUUUGGAGUACAAUCUGGAGAUGUUACGUCAUCUUUUCCAGCUUGAUACAUUGUUCCUGUGGACGGUACCACUUGCACUUGCUAUUAUUUUACUGGUUGUGAAACGUUUCGUUAAAUCCAAUUUUCUGGUUGGGGGAUAUUUCAUUGUGGUGGCUGUUUUGUUUUACGUUGUCAAAUUCAUUGCACGUAUUGAUAUGCAUACUUUGCGCGCGGGAGGUUGGGUGUUUGAGCCGCCAGCGGCGUCUAAUCCGUGGUGGCAUUUCUACACGCUUUAUGACUUCGAUGUUGUCAACUGGCCUGCUCUGGUUGAUACGAUACCUGCCAUGUUUGCACUUACCUUCUUCGGCGUUCUGCACGUUCCUAUCAAUGUCCCAGCUCUGGGAAUAUCAACUGGAGAAGACAACUUGAGUGUUGACCGGGAAUUGAUCGCACACGGCAUUACAAACACAUUAUCAGGUUCUGUUGGGAGUAUACAGAAUUAUCUUGUAUACACCAACAGCCUGCUGUUCAUUAACAGCGGCGGCAAUUCUAGACUGGCUGGUAUUAUGCUGGCAGCAGCUACGGCUGGGAUCAUGGUCGUUGGGCCGGUUAUCAUUGGCUACAUCCCAAUUCUUGUCGUCGGAGCAUUGAUCUUCAUGCUCGGUAUAGAGCUAUUGGAAGAAGCCUUGGUAGAUACCUGGGGCAAGCUACACCGGUUAGAGUACCUGACCGUCGUCAUCAUUGUAGUGACGAUGGGUGCAUGGGACUUUGUUAUUGGAAUCUUUGUUGGUAUCAUCCUAGCCUGCGUUAGUUUUGUGGUACAAACUUCACGCAAGUCGGCGAUUCGAGCUACUUAUUCUGGUGAAUUCACCGCGUCAACGGUCAGACGACCUCCAAUUCAGCAAAAGUUUCUAAAAGAAGCCGGACGGCAGACGUUGAUUAUCAAACUGUCUGGAUUCUUGUUCUUCGGGACGAUAGUCAAUGUUGAAACGACGGCUCGGGGUUUGAUUGAUGAAGAAGCUUUCACGAGACAGCCGAUAAGGUUUUUGGUUUUAGACUUUUCGCGCGUGAACGGUCUAGAUUUCUCAGCUGCCGAAGCUCUGACGCGGAUCAAUCGGAUACUGGGAAAAAGAAACGUGCAGGUGUUGAUUUCUGGAUUAGACGUUCAAGGCGAAGUGGGCAAAAGUCUACAGAAUGUGGGACUAUUUGCCGACGAGAGUCAAGUCCAGAUAUUCGAGGACCUGAACUCGGCGCUCGAGUACUGCGAAAAUGAGUACCUCAAGGUUUUCUAUAACCGCAAGGAGGCGCUUACGGAACAACAACAACAACAACAACAACAACAACAACAACAACAACAACAACAACAACAACAAUUUUCUAGAACAUCUCUGGAGGUACCUAGCAGCACGCUGCCUACUGGUCCGUCAACGCUUUUAGACCCAUACGGCCAUUCGCCACGGCGUAAUUAUCUGCAACAAGCCGCGCUCACUACACUUCGCGAAGAUCAAACGGCAGCGAACAUCGCACAAAAAUGGACCACAUUCCGCCAACCACUGCCACUUCUACUCCAAACCUUCCACGAUCUCACAACCCAUCAAUCGGAAGACUUUUGGUACCCAGCAUGCGCCUACUUCCAGCGCGAGACCUACCCCAAGGGUACAGUGCUAUACUAUGAAGGCGACGAGCCAACGAUGUUCUAUCUCCUAGAAUCAGGCAUGCUCCGUGCAGAAUACGAGCUUCCUCAGGGCCGGUAUUCAGAGCUCAUCGUCGCGGGCCGACCAUGCGGAGAAUUACCAUUCUUCGGCGGUACACCGCGCACCGCAACCGUCAAAGUCGACCAGGACUGCGUGGCGUGGUGUCUGGAUCGAGAACGGUGGGCGGAACUCCAGGCUGCAGAGCCGGAGAUUGCGCAGGAGUUGUUGAUGGUUGCGCUCAAGUUGACGGCGGAGAGGAUGGAUAGUAUUACCUCGCAUGUCCUUGCGAUAGCCGGUUGA